AUGUAUUGGUGGUGGGGUUGUUGUAACUCAUGCCCAGAAAGUGUUUGUGAUGAGAUCGCAGAGGAGCCCAACUCGUUUUCUUUGCCUUCACCCCUUCCACAAUGGCCUAAAGGUGAAGAUUUUGCCACAGGGAAAAUAUCCCUAGGAGAAAUCGAAGUUGUCCAAAUUACAAAAUUCGACAAAUUAUGGAGUUGCAGCCCGUCGAUCGGAAAGGGAAAUACUGUGACUUUCUACAAACCAGCCGAAAUCCCAGAUGGAUAUUUUGCCCUCGGCCAUUAUUGCCAGCCGAGCGACAAAAGAUCGAGAGGCUACAUCCUUGUCGCCCGAGAUAUUUCCGAAAAUUAUAAUCCUAAACCUCUUGAGAAGCCUCUUAACUACACUUUGGUUUGGAUCGGAAAUUCAGACGAAUGCGGUUACAUCUGGCAACCGAAUCCACCUCCCGGCUACAAGCCUAUGGGAUUUGUGGUCACAAUCGGGCCCGACGAGCCCGACCCGGAUGAAAUCAGAUGUGUCCGGGCCGAUCUCACGGAGAGCUGCCAAAUUAACGAGCUCAUAUUCGAUACGAAUUCAGUUUCUUUAAGUGGCCAAUUUCACGUCUGGACUAUUAGGCCGUGCGAGAGGGGAAUGCUUUGCAGAGGUGUCCCGGUCGGAACAUUCUUCUGCAGUGAAAACAAAUUUUACGAAGAUGAUAAUGUAAUAACAACUGUUGCCUGUCUGAAAAACCUCGAUCCUAUGUUAUCCGGCAUGCCGAAUCUCGAACAAAUUCACGCGUUGAUCGAACAUUACGGGCCGAGACUUUACUUUCACCCAGACGAGACGUACCUCCCAUCGUCAGUUUCUUGGUUUUUCGAAAACGGGGCCCGUUUGUUCGAGCGAGGGAAAGAGGAGAAAGGUUUACCGAUCGAUUCCAAAGGCUCGGUUUUGCCUUCCGGUGGGGUGAACGACGGCGAAUUCUGGCUCGAUUUGCCGGAAAGCGAUAAGGAAAGAGACUGCGUUAGCAAAGGGAACAUCAAAAGUGCCGAGCUUUAUAUCCACGCGAAGCCCGCUUCGGGUGGGACUUUCACCGAUAUUGCUGUUUGGAUAUUUUGCCCCUUCAACGGGCCCGCCACUUUAAAAGCCGGGCUUUUUAACUACACUUUUAAAAAAAUCGGCCAGCACGUAGCCGACUGGGAGCAUUUCACCUUACGUGUGAGCAAUUUCAGCGGCGAGCUGUCGAGCAUUUAUUUUUCCGAGCACAGUGGAGGCGGAUGGCGGGACAUUUGCGAGCUGGAAUUUGUCGAGGGAAAUCGAGCUGCUGUUUACGCCUCGAAAAACGGGCACGCGUGUUUCCCUAAAGAGGGUUGUUAUAUCCAAGGCUCGUCUAAUCUCGGGAUUGGUGCGAGAAAUGAUUGCAAGAAGAGCGAUUAUUUUAUCGAGUCGAGCUCGAGGUAUAAAAUCGUGGCAGCCGAGUAUCUUGGCAAGAAGAGUGGUGGUGGGCCCGUGGAGGAGCCCAAUUGGCUGCAGUACAUGAGAGAGUGGGGCCCGAAAGUUGUGUACGACUCGCGAUCGGAGCUGGAGAAGAUUCUAAAGCACUUCCCUUUCUUUGUGAGGUUCUCGGUCGAGAAUCUGAUCGAGCUUUUCCCGACCGAGCUGUAUGGAGAAGAGGGGCCGACUGGACCGAAGGAGAAGGAUAAUUGGUUGGGGGAUGAAAGGUGUUAA